UCAGGUGACAUUAAGAGUGUUGAAGAACAAGGCAAUGGACGAUGCAUGGACGUGACCUUUCACAGUCACGACGCCGCCAGGAAAGCGCUUUGCAUGUCGGGAUACACCGUGGCGGGGAUACCACUUAAUGUAACGGCUAUGACGCCGCCGCGGCCGCCCCGCAACUUCGGUCACACAAAACCGACAGACACGCGUCGCAAUCUCUAUGUCCUUGGAUUGCCAUUCGAUUUGUCCAAGUUGGAGUUCACAGAGCUUUUCUCGCGCUAUGGUACUGUUUCGCAUUGUGUCAUUCUAGCUACGGUCGACAAUGCUUCUCGCCGACGAGGGUUCGUCGUAAUGUCGAGCAAUACGGAAGCAAGGACUGCCAUGGCUGCAUUGUCUCGCACGGAGAUCAGGCAACUAACAAAUUGCAGUGGGAGUGUCAUCGAUGUGUCUUGGGCCGUUGUGCAACGUUCCCAAGGAUUUCUUGAUGGGGGAGAUCGCGCAAUGUUAACUGAUUCUGGGUUUCAGCCACCCCGCGAUCCUUCUCCUGAAGAUGUGCUUGAACAACACCAGCCACUGGCUAUUCUGCAGUCACCGACAGGGAUUGCGACCUUGCUCGUAACAAACUUGCCCAUUGUUCUCUUCUGGCAGGCCGCUGAUCUGGAGCCUCUGUUCUAUCCUUUCGGCGAGGUCAAAAAAAUUGAGAGAUUACCCUCCUCUCCUUCAUCUUCUGCCUCUUAUUCUCCUGUGAUGUCUGUGGUCGUUACCUAUGUUUCUGCUAGUAGCGCUCAGGAGGCAAAGAAUAUUCUUCAUGGACAAGUAUAUGCUGAUCAAACACUCUGUGUCGAAUUCAUUACGCCAUCCGGUACU